AUGGCUGCCUCGACCGAGCAAGCCCACGGAAGGUCUGCCCUCAUUCUGUACGGGACAGAAACCGGCACAGCGCAGGACUUUGCUGAAGAGAUCGGCCGCGGUCUCGAGCGGCUGCGAUUCGACACAGAUGUGGCAGGACUAGACAAUGUCAGACACGGUCACUUGCAUGCCUACACUUUCGCUGUCAUCGUCGUCUCCACCACCGGCCAGGGCGACUUUCCCGAAAAUGCUCGCAAAUUCUGGACCGGCCUCCUACGGAAAAAGCUCUCUCCUACCACGCUAGAGGGCGUCAGAUAUGCCCUCGUGGGACUGGGUGACAGUUCCUAUCCCAAGUUCAACUGGGCGGCCCGCAAGUUGGACAAACGGCUGCGGCAGCUCGGGGCCACUUCGAUCCUCGACUCUUGCGAGGCUGAUGAGCAAGGCGACGAAGGCAGUGACGGCGCUUUCCUCGAAUGGCUGGAGCGUUUCCGCAAGACGGUCCUGGACACUUUCCCACUCCCUGCAGGCCUGACUGUGAUACCGAACGAGGUCCUGCUGCCCGGCAAAUCCCGCUUGGAAAAGGCUGUGACAGGCUCCCAGUCCAUCGAGACGCAAUCCCCCCGUAGCGAUCUAGACACCACGUCCGCGAAUGUCUCUUCUGGCUCAUUCGCUGCCGUUCUGGAGAAGAACGAGCGCGUCACGCCGUCCGACCACUGGCAAGAUGUGCGGUUCUUGAGGCUCAAGGCCAGUGGGAAGAUCGACUACAUGCCCGGUGAUGCGCUGGCCAUCGGCCCUCGAAACAUGCCGGAAGAUGUGGCGUUUGUGAUCGACCGCAUGAACUGGCGCGAUGUAGCCGAUACCCCGGUUCACCUGGUCUCGACGCGCCCAAAGGCAAGUCCUCUUCUCUCUAACCAUCCCAUCUUCACCCGUGCAGACCUCACUCUGCGGACACUCUUGACCGAAUAUCUGGACAUCAACGCCAUCCCUCGACGCUCCUUUUUCGGGGCCAUUGCAAACUACACCAGCGACGAGAUGCACAAGGAGCGGCUGUUGGAGUUCACCGACCCGCAGUAUCUCGACGAGUACUACGACUACGCCACCAGGCCGAGACGGAGCAUGAUAGAGAUCCUACAAGAAUUCGACUCGGUCCAUAUCCCGUGGGAAGAAGCGACCAACAUCUUCCCUCCGCUGCGUCCGCGACAGUUCAGCAUCGCCAGCGGUGGGGCGUUGAAGCACGCCGAGCACGGCUCGACCACAUUCGAGCUGUUGGUGGCCAUUGUCAAAUACAGAACCGUCAUCAAGCGCAUCCGGGAGGGCGUCUGUACGAGGUAUCUGGCACAGCUGCCGGUCGGGACGACGUUGCAGGUGUCUCUGAAGACAGAAGGCCGCUUUUUCAAGUCGGCUGAUAUAGGUGAUAUGAGCCACGUCCUGGUUGGCGCCGGAACCGGUGUCGCGCCGCUUCGAGCGCUUAUCCACGAAAAGGCCCAGCACGGCCAGCCUCGCGGCGGGACUGCGCUAUUCUUCGGCUGUCGCAAUGCAAGGGCCGACUACUUUUUUCAUGAUGAGUGGGCUGCCAUGCAGACACUGACAGCGACACCAACACCAACACCAACACGACCACAACCACAAACCCAGACACCGACAGCGACACCAACCCAGACCCAAACCAAAACCAAAACCCAAACACAGACCCAGACCCAGACCCAAGCGCCGGAGCCCGAUGCCCCUGCCACCGCCGUCGGGUUCCAAGUCAUGCCAGCAUUCUCACGGGACCACAAGUCCAAGGUCUACGUGCAGGACCGGAUACGCGAGCAUGCCAAGCUAAUAUGGCAAUACCUCCGCGAACGCGACGCCACCAUUAUCGUGUGCGGCUCUUCGGGCGCCAUGCCCAAGGCGGUGCGGCAGGCCCUUGUCGAUGCGCUUGUCGAUCAAGGUCAGAAGAGAGCGGUGGAAGGCAAGACGGCAGCAGCCUCGCACGCCUCUGCCUCGACCAGCGUGGAUGUGGAUGCGGAUGUGGAUGUGGAUGAUGCACUUGACGACGACGAGGAUGCCGAGCCGAUCCAGACCGAGGCUGACGCCGAAGCCUAUCUCGCCAGAUUGGAAAAGGAGGGGAGAUAUAAGCAGGAGACGUGGUCAUGA